AUGGCGGCGGAGGACGAGGAGGAGCUAAGGCUGUUGGAGUGCCGGGUCUGCUUCGAGUGGUACGGGCACAGCGGGCAGCGGCGGCCGCGCAACCUGCCCUGCGGCCAUGUCCUCUGCCGCGGCUGUGUGGAGGCCCUGGGCGGCCCCGAGCGCCGGCGGCUGGAGUGCCCCUUCUGCAGGCGGGCCUGCAGUGCCGCUCAGACCACAGACUGCCUGCCGCUGCUGCAGCUGCUGGAGGUCCUGGGCCCCGCCGACACCAGCAUCUCCUCGGCCCUGGGCAGGAGCGGCGGCCGAGGGGCGGCCGGAGCGGGCGCCGCCGGCCUCGGACUCCGGGUGUCGCUGGGGGGCUGGGGGUCGCUGGUGAACCCCACCGGGGUGGCAGCCUGCCGGAGGUCGGGACGCCUGGCAGUGGCACAUGACGGCAAGAAGAGGAUCCACGUCUUUGGGCCGGGUGGCUCCAGCCUGCAGCAGUUUGGGGAGCGGGGGGACGCGGGCAAUGACAUCAAGUACCCGCUUGAUGUGACGGUCACAUCAGACGGGCAUGUGGUGGUCACAGAUGCUGGGGACUGCUCCGUGAAGGCCUUUGAUUUUGAGGGAAGGGGGGUCCUGGCUGUCCGGGAAGGUUUCUGCUUGCCCUGGGGCUUGGAUGCCACCCCGAACAGUGAAGUAAUCCUGACUGAUGCGGAGGCAGGUGCACUGUACCGCUUGACGGCUGACUUCAAGACGGGGAAGUUAAAGAAGUGUCAGAUGAUCCAGUCUCGGCUCAUCAGCCCAAGAGGGGUUGCAGUCUCCCAGACCUCGGGUGCUAUUGUGGUAAUAGAGCACCUGAAAGCGCAAGGACCGAACAGCAGCAGCACCCGAGUGAAGAUAUUUAGUGCAGAGAUGGAUCUUGUUGGCCAGAUGGAUAGUUUUGGGUUUCUGCCUGAGAAAGGAGACUGGCUUGACAAAAUGAUAGGAGAAAUGGAAGCUUCAGUUCAAGGUUGCCUGAAUUCUGCUAGGAUCAUUGCGAUGGAGGAGCUACUGCUGAUGACCUGGUCAGAGCAUCUGGUGGGACUAGAAAUGCUCCUUGGCUAUUCUGCAGUUGGAGGUGUACAGCCUUUAGCAGGAUCCCUCUUGAGGGGCCAGGAAGAAAAUUCACUCAGAGAAGUAGCCCCCUGGAUUAUAUAUUCCUUUUUAGGUGCCAAGGAGAUGUCUGAGGAGUAUAAAAGCAAUUAGAUAACAUUUCCUUUGGGAAACUGCAUUGUUUCAAAAUGCAUGUAAUACCAUCAAUGCUGUAUUCCUACAUAGCUAAUAGUUUAUCACAAUAGCAUUUUCUCUGAACUGAGGGCUGGGAGCUGUCAUCUUCUCAAACCUUUCUGUGCACCAGGAGCUUGGUUUUGCUGCUGAGCUCAUGGAUGAGCAAAUUUCCUAGCACCUAUUGCAACUUUUUCAGCAGCUAAAAUGCCAAUUUUCAAGUAUUUGACUCAUGCUGGUUUAAAAUCUACAAAACCUCCCAUUGUUGCCCAUUCUGCUCAUUUGGUAUAUGCCUAGAAAUCACUUGGUGUUUGGGUCUGUAAGCAAAAUAAACUUUGUGCCUUUACCUAGUUUCCUCUAUGCUGUCUCCUGCAGUCUCUGUUUUAGAUGCCUACUGAAAGCAACUGUAGACUUUCCCUGUGAAUAGUGCAACUGUUUUCAUUUUACUAUAACACUUGGUGCUUACUGUUGUACAGUUCUGCAUCAAAGAAACUAUUACAUUCUGUCUUAAUUCAC